AGUGAGACGUGGAGAGAAACUUACCACCAUUUUUCAAAACUGGUAGUCUUUUCACUUCCAAAAUGCACGUUGGUUCGAACCGUUUUGAGAGGGAAAGAGAGAGAGACGAGAACCAGAGAAACCCUAUCUCCAGAAACAGAGAAAAACCCUAAAAAAGAGUCAUGAACGAAACCCUAGCUUCUCUUCUUCAUCUCUCUUCCAUUCCCAACAUUCUCUUCUCAUCAUCAUGGCCAUCAUCGAAGCCAACAUCUCAGCCCUCCGAUCUCGGCUUCCUCCCCCAUCCACUCUCCACACUCGCUUCCCACCCGCAAGUCUCGAUUUCAGCCGUCCCGAUAUCCAGAAACAGAAAUCCAGAUUCCGGUGUAAAUCAACGAGUCGCGAUAGCGACAAUGAAUAUUUGUUAGAUGCUCCUGUUUCAAUCGGGGACGGAUUCUCUUUCAGCGGAGGAAAAUAUUCAGAUGGGCCGAGCCCAUCCGAUGAAUGGUUUAAGCGUGGGAAGAUUGUGAAAGCUCAUCCUGUUCUUGAUAGUGGUGGGAAGGCAAAGGAUCCCAUUUUUGGCCUUACAAUGGGUGCUGCUUCUCAAGCCUCAGCUGAUGUUUUCAGAUGGUUUUGCAUUGAAGAAGGAAGUGCUGCUAAUCCUUUGGUUAUGUUGAUGCAUGGUUUUCCUUCACAGGCAUAUUCCUAUCGCAAAGUUCUUCCCACACUGUCAAAAGAUUAUCGUGCCAUUGCUUUUGAUUGGCUAGGUUUUGGAUUUUCAGAUAAGCCUCAACCAAGAUAUGGUUUUGACUACACUUUGGAUGAAUACGUGUCAUCCUUGGAAUCUCUUAUCAAUGAAUUUGCGACAGAGAAGCUUUCCCUUGUCGUUCAGGGAUACUUCGCUCCGGUCAUUGUCAAGUAUGCUAGCUCUCAUCAGGAAAAGCUGAAACAUCUUGUACUUCUCAAUCCUCCGCUGACGGACGAGCAUACAAAAUUGCCAUCAGCCUUAUCCUCAUUCAGCAAUUUCCUGCUGGGUGAGAUUUUCUCCCAGGACCCUCUCAGAGCUAGUGAUAAAACAUUGAUGAGCUGUGGGCCAUAUGCGAUGAAAGAGGAAGAUGCAAUGGUUUAUAGAAGACCAUAUCUAACAUCUGGUUCUUCUGGUUUUGCAUUAAAUGCUAUAAGCAAGGCAAUGAAGAAGGAGCUGAAGGUUCUAGAAACUAGAAGGCUGUGGGAUUUUCAUUUUUUUAUUUUUUUAAAAGGUUAGCUUGUUAGUACACACCCAAUGUCAGUUCACACUUCACUGUUAGCCACCCCCACUAGGGAAUCGAUACCAAGACUUUAGUGUUGAAACGAGAUAUUUUCACUCAGUCUGCCACUUGAGAUAUGGAUCAGGGUGUAAGGCUGUGGGAUUUGUUUCAACAGUCCCUUUUGGGCCUAAUUAUCAAGUUUAUAGCAAUUGUAAAUGGGAUUGUUUUUCAGUAUUGGUACAUAUACUUAAUCUCUUCAGUUGGAUUCCAUUUCCCUUCCAUGUCAAAUAGGAUCUUGAGCUUCAGGAAAUGUUUGAUGCUCCCAAUUCUCUACCUGCAUGCCCAUGUUUUAGUGAUCCAAUUUGUUGAUUGAAUGGGCCUACCAUGUAUGGGAAAAUGUUACAAAAUCUCCCAGAUUGAAAGAUCCCAACCCUUUGAUCUUUGGAACUUCUGCAUCUGAAUUUGGACUGUUUUGAUAUUUCUUUUACAUGGUCACCUAUUUGUAGCCACCACUCAGUGUUGGGAUCUUCUAAUACAGGAGAUGUUUAUAAUAUUUCCCAGCUAUGGUGGGGCAGAUGUAUGGUAUAGAUAAUUGACCCAGUACCAGAGUCCUAAGAUUUCUCUUUGAUCACUAUUCGGAAAUGAUUAGUUGUAUUAUAUGCCUCAUAAUCCAAAGUUGGUGUAUUCUCCUUUGACAAUGACAAUACCCAGACAUUGCAUUAAUGCUUAUACUACAGUGUGGCCUGGAUAUCGCAUGGAUGCUUGGAUUUCAGUGUUAUUUCUGACAUGCAACUUGU